GCUCCGCGCCGAGGCCGGAAGAGACGGAGCCUUCCAAUAACCUCUUCACGCACUUGCCACGAGCGUGCGAGUCCCACAACCGGCCCCCUCAUUUCACGUCUGUGACACGCUAGCCGCGUGGGUCCCGCCCCUCCCUCCUCGCCCCGCCCCGCCCCUCGCGCUCACCGCUCCGGCCCUCCCUUCACGCGGCCCCACCCCUCCUUGCCCCGCCCGCUUCCCGCGAGCGGAGCGGAGCCGAACGGCGGAUGCUGGAGAGAACUAGCGAGCUCAGUGCAGCCGAGCUGACGAGAGCUCCGGGCGUAUGAGGACCUAGCGGCGCCAAGCCGCCGCGACCAGAGAACCGAGCGGGCCCGAGUGCUGCCGGGCGGAGCCGAGCGGGCCCGAGCAGAGGCGAACGGGGCGGAGCGCUGGGGCAGCCGCCAUGAAACGGGACCGGCUCGGCCGCUUCCUGUCGCCUGCGACUGCUGGGCAGCGCGGGGGCUCGGGCGGCGGCCGGACCCGGGGCCGCCCCGCCCGCAGCGGGCCGACUGUGGACGAGGCAGCGGCCUUGGUGGCUUCGCGGCUGGGUUGGGGGCCGGCGCGGGCCUGCGAGGACGGAGCCGACGAGGCAGGAGCAGGUCGGGCUCUCACCAUGGGGCACUGCCGCCUUUGCCACGGAAAGUUCUCCACACGGAGUCUCCGAAGCAUCUCUGGCCGGGCACCUGGGCAGAGCUCAGAGAGACCACCCUCAGGGGAGCGCGUGUUCGUCAGGGACUUUCAGCACCUGCUGGGGGUGGCUGUCCAUCAGGACCCAGCCCUGUCUCAGUUUGUCUGCAAGAACUGCCACGCCCAGUUCUACCAGUGCCAUGGCCUCCUCAAGUCCUUCCUUCAGAGAGUCAACGUGUCCCCAAUGAGUCCCCGGAAGCCCUGCGCACAGGUGGGUGCCCAGCCCCCAGCAGAAGCAGAGGAGGGAGCAUGUCUGGUGGACCUGAUCCCUUCGAGCCCCGAAGGCCUGCGCAGCUUGGUGGGGUGGGUGCAUGGACAUGCAGCCAGCUGUGGGGCCCUGCCCAGCCUGCAGAAGACACUGUCGUCCGAGUACUGCGGUGUCAUCCAGGCCGUGUGGAGCUGCGACCAAGGCCACGACUACACCAUGGACACCGACUCCAGCUGCGGGGCUCUCUUCCUGGACAGCGCGUUGGCAGUCAAGUGGACCUGGGACAAGGAGGUGGCCCCACGGCUCACCCACCGUCGGAGGCCCAACCCCACCGGGGCUGCUGCUCCGAGCUCCCAGGGCGGAGUGACCACAGCCUGGGCCGAGACGGAACAGCUCCCCAACACGGAUGUGGCCCAGCCUCCUUCAGAUGGCAGCCCUGUGGGGCCUGGGCCCAGCCCCCUGCCUCAGUCUGGCCUCCCCCCAAGUGGGGCUCCAGGGCAGUUGGGUGAGAAGCAGUUGCCAUCUUCAGCCUCGGAUGAUCGGGUAAAAGACGAGUUCAGUGACCUUUCUGAGGGGGACUUCCCGAGUGAAGACGACAAUGACAAGAAGCAGAGCCCCCAGUCCUCUGACGAGUCCUUCGAGCCUGACCCAGAGAAGAAAGUGCCUGGUAAGAAGAACGGAAGCAAAGAAGCCAAGAGGCCCGAAGAACCAAAAAUCCGAAAAAAGCCUGGACCGAAGCCAGGCUGGAAGAACAAGCUCCGCUGUGAGAGGGAGGAGCUGCCCACCAUCUACAAGUGCCCGUACCAGGGCUGCACGGCCGUGUACCGAGGGGCUGAUGGCAUGAAGAAGCACAUUAAGGAGCACCAUGAGGAAGUCCGAGAGAGGCCCUGCCCCCACCCGGGCUGCAACAAGGUGUUCAUGAUCGACCGCUACCUGCAGCGGCACGUGAAGCUCAUCCACACAGAGGUGCGGAACUACAUCUGCGAUGAGUGUGGACAGACCUUCAAGCAGCGGAAGCACCUCCUUGUCCACCAGAUGCGGCACUCAGGAGCCAAGCCUCUGCAGUGUGAAGUCUGUGGGUUCCAGUGCCGGCAGCGGGCAUCCCUCAAGUACCACAUGACCAAACACAAAGCCGAGACCGAGCUGGACUUUGCCUGUGACCAGUGUGGCCGGCGGUUCGAGAAGGCGCACAACCUCAACGUGCACAUGUCCAUGGUGCACCCCCUGACCCAGACCCAGGACAGGGCCCCGCCCCUGGAGCCGCCCGGGGCCACCGAGGCUCAGGCUGUGAAGCCUGAGCCCACCUGAAGGUGCACCUGAACCCGCCAGGUGGUAGACGGGGUCACAGGACGCCUUCCACAGUCCUCCCAUGCGACCUGAUGGUAGCGCUCUGCUCGCCCCGAGAGCCCUGUGCUGGGGUGUGGGGGGCUUGGUGCGAGGCCGGGUGGCCUUUGUGUCCACUCUGGGACCAGCAGUUUACUUUCCUACAUUGACUUGGGGCCAGAUGCAAGUUUUAAAUAGUCAGUUCCUGUUCCCCACCAAGCGAUCAGGAGAGCUGCAUCCACUUGUCAGAGUGGCGGGAGCUCCGUGUCACGCUCGCAAUAAAUUAUUUACAGAGGUGUGGUAUGUGCUGGGGUCCAGUCAGAAGAGGCGGGGCUCCGGGGAGAGGCCCGCGUCAGCCGGGGCCUGCUGCCUGCUCAGGAGGGCGGCACUCAGUUCUGGGUCGCAGCCUCCGUGCGAGGCCAGCAGCUGCAAGAGAACCACGCUCCACACUGACCGGACACCCAGGCACAGGGAGAGGGAAGCUGGUGACCACAGCCACCGGGCCCCGAGUCAGAUCUCUGCGUUCUCAGGCUGACACAGUAAGAUCUGGACUGAAAAGCGAACACCGCGGUGCCCUGGCAGGGAAGCUCAGUAGGUUGGAGCAUUGCCCUGAUGCACCAAGGUCGCAGGUUCGAUCCCCAGGUAGAGCACAAACCACCGAUGACACAUAAGCAGGUGGAGCAGCACAUGAAUGUUUCUCUCCCCCACCUCCUCUUUCUCCAAAGUUAAUAAACAUUAAGAAAACAG